AUGUUAAGUGAAAAAUCUACAAAACCGCGCAACACUUGCAUGGUUCAACCUCUUCAACAAGAAGAACUGAAACGAGCGCAAAAUUACCUAUACCGUCAAGCUCAAAUAACCGGCUAUCCAGAUGAAUAUACAUUAUUGAAUAAGAAAACUUCCUUCAUGUCUCAGACAGAGCUUCGCAAAAAUAGCAAGCUCUUCCGCGAAUCUCCGUUCUUGGAUGAUAACAAAGUCAUGCGAAUUCAUGGACGAAUCGAUGGUUGUCAGCACACUGACCUAGAAUCAAAAAACCCAAUUAUUCUUCCGCCUGAACAUCCCAUUACGCGUAUCAUUGCACAGCAUUACCACUGCAGCCUUUUUCUCAGUAAUCACGAAACAGCUAUAAAUAAGCUACGUCUUCACUACUACAUUCCACGACUUCGCGCAAUCUACCGAAAACUACGCGGCAAUUGCCAACGCUGCAAACUUGAUAGUGCCAAUCCAAGUCCACCUGCAAUGGGAGCUCUUCCAGGAGCUAGACUAGCAGUAUUUGCUAGACCGUUUUCACACGUCGGCAUAGACUAUUUUGGCCCGAUGUUAGUGUCUGUAGGGCGUAGGACGGAAAAGAGAUACGGAGUGUUGAUUACGUGCCUUACGGUGCGUGCAAUCCAUAUAGAACUCGCACAUUCCUUGAGUACUGACUCGUGUAUUAUGGCACUGAGAUGUUUUAUGACCAGACGAGGAGUACCAAUAACUAUUUACAGCGAUCAAGGGACGAACUUUCGAGGAGCAUCCAAGGAACUAGCAAGCGAGCUUGAUAAAAUUGAUCAGAAUAAGCUUGUCGAAGGAAUCGUUUCCCCGCGAACAUCUUGGAAGUUUAUUCCCCCAGCCUCACCUCACAUGGGAGGUGCGUGGGAAAGAAUGAUUCAGACGGUGAAGAAGAACCUGCAACAAAUGAAGCUUGGGAGGUUGCCAAGCGAUGAAGUACUGAGGAAUGCUUUAGUGGAGAUUGAGAAUACAGUGAACUCGAGACCCCUGACACACAUUCCAGUCGACGACGAAAUGGCAGCUGUUCUUACACCAAACAACUUUCUGCUGGGUUCUUCGGACGGAAUGAAGCCUCUUGCACUACUCAACGACACCUCCGUGGCUGUGAAGAAAAACUGGAAGAUGUCGCAGACAAUCGCCAACGUCUUUUGGCGUCGCUGGCUUAGCGACUACUUACCAUCUCUGACUCGGCGGACAAAGUGGUUCAGGCAAGUAAAACCCAUAUCAGUCGAUGAUCUAGUAGUGGUUGUUGACCCACAGUCUCCAAGAAACAGUUGGCCCAAAGGUAAAAUAGUCGCAGUAAGUCGUUCUAAGGACGGACAGGUAAGAUGGGCAACAGUUCAAACGGCUUGUGGCUUAUUGGAACGCCCAGCAGUUAAAUUGGCAGUGCUCGAUGUAGGCGUUAAGGACAGUACGGGACCGGUGAACCCUUGCCCUACUCCGGGGGGGGGGAGUGUUGAUGGCGCUACCUCGAGCGACAAACAUCUUGGCGAUGAUAUGCAGCGCGACAACCCGAUGAACGUGGAUGGGCAAACUAGUGAUAACAAUCAGAACGUGAUAGCAAUCAGAACGGAGUGA